AUGCACCGCAGCAACGGCGAAGGGCGUCAUCAACACUUAGCAGCAGCAGUCAGCUGGUCUGGUCAGCAGCAGCAGCUCAGCUCCCACGCAGAGCCAGUCUCUCCGGCGAGCUCCAGUGCCGUAGUCAUCAUCGCCAUGGCUAGGGAAGAAGAGCUCAAGAGGAUUGACCUGAAGGUGAACGUGAGCUGCUGCGACGGCUGCAGGAGGAAGGUGAUGAAGGCGAUGAGCCUCAAAGGCGUGCUGAGGACGGAGAUCCAGCCGUCGCACGAUCGGGUGACCGUUGUCGGCGACGUGGACGUCAAGGUCCUGGUGAAGAAGCUGGCCAAGGUCGGCAAGAUCGCCGAGCUGCUGCCUCCGGCGCCGGCGGCUUCUGAACAGGGCAAGAAGCAGCGCGACGUCAGCGGCGGCAGGAAUGACGGCGACAGGGCGGCGCCGGCGCAGGCGGCGGAGGAGAAGUGCAAGGGCAAGGACGACGGCGGUGACAAGGCGGCGGCUAAGGCGGCGCCGAGCAAGCAUGAGGGGUGCAAGAAGUGCGCGCGCGAGGCCGCCGCGCGCGCCAUGCCCGAGGGCGACAAUGGCGACCACGGCAGGGGGGAGAAGAAGGCGCCAUCGUCCAAGGACGCCGCCGCCGCCGGCUGGAGCGGCGAGGAAGGCGGCGACGCCGACGGAUUAUUCGGCGCCAAGCCCUUGGCGGUGGCACCCGAUCACCACCACGCGCAGGCGCAGGCGCACUACCACCGCGCGGAGCCGGCGAUGGUGGUGCCGGUGCACGUGCCGGCCUACUACCCGCCGCCGGCUGCCGCGGCGGUGCCGUACUACGGCUACUACGGCAUGCCCCCUCCCCCGCCGCCGAUGAUGAUGCCGAUGGCGCCGCCCGCCCAGUGGCACCCGCAGGUCCGGCCGCAGCCGUCCCGCUUCGACGAGGACUACUUCAACGACGACAACACGGUCGGCUGCAGCGUCAUGUGA